UCUGAUUAAUAAUAAUAAUAACUCGCCUAAAAGUGAUUUCAUUUUUCUGAAAUGGGCAAUAAGAAGAGGAGACGUUUAGACCAGAAGCUCUCCUUACACCAGAGACUCCUGGGCGGUGUCCAAAACAGUUUCGGAUCACCGCUGGCCAAUGAGGCGCGUUUGUCCUUGAAAAGGGAUAAUGGAAUGUCCGACUUGGAAGCCUUCAUCAAUGUGCUGAAAUGUGGCUUUGGUACUGGUUGCUUGGCCAUGCCACAUGCUUUUCUGUACUCGGGUUGGUUGGUUGGUCUUAUAGGCACCUUUGCCCUGAGCUCCUUUAUGCUCUAUGCCAUGCAUAUACUGCUUCAUCACAUCAAUAACUUGGGCAUCCAACACAAAAUGCCCAUGAUCAGCUAUCGAAAAGCUGUGGAACUGGCAAUCAUGAAAGGACCUCGCAAGUUUCACUUCCUGAGCAAGCCCUUUGGUUAUUUAGUGGAUGUCCUGCUGUGUGCUUAUCACUUCGGUGUGGAUUGCGUCUACGUGGUUUUCGUAGCCAAGAGUUUGAAGCAUCUGGGGGAUAUGUACUUGUGGUUCUGGGAUGAGAGGCUCUACAUGGCCUUGAUAGCCUCGCCGCUGAUUCUAACAUUCCUAAUUCGCGAUCUCAAAAGCCUUGUACCGUUUGCUAUAUUAUCCAACAUUCUUUUACUAACAGGCUAUGGCGUGAUUUUGAACUACCUAUUCCGUGAUCUCCCUGAGUUCGAACCACUUCACGCCAUUCAGCCGCUGAGAAACUUUCCCUUCUUUUUUGGCACUGUACUUUUCUCCAUUGAAUCUGUUGGUGUGAUCCUUUCGCUCAGUCGAAGUAUGCGAACCCCGGAGAACUUGAUGGGCACCUGUGGCAUCCUGAAUCAAGGUAUGAUCCUGGUAAUCAGCUUCUAUGCGAUCUUUGGCUUCAUUGGAUAUUGGCGGUAUGGCCAGAAUACAGCCAACUCCAUACUGCAGAAUUUGCCCCAAGAAGAAUUCCUGUCACAAUUGGUGACUGGUAUGUUUGCCCUGGCCAUAUUCUUCAGCUAUGCCCUGCAAGGAUACGUAACUGUGAGCAUUAUCUGGCGCAAUUACUUGGAACCGGAACUGGAGGACACAUACUCACGGGCGGUGGAGUUCCUGCUGAGAAUCGCGUUGGUCAUCGCCUCCGUGCUGGUGGCCAUCCAGUAUCCGGACUUUGGUCUGCUGCUCUCCUUCGUGGGUUCCUUUUGCCUGGCCCAACUGGGUCUGAUCCUGCCGGGCAUCGUGGACAUAUGUCUGCGCUAUGAGCAGGACUACGGCCCUGGAAGGAUCUUUCUCCUGCGAUCCUUGCUAUUCAUUUGCAUGGGCUUGGCUGGCGGAGUGGCCGGUACAGUGGUCUCCCUGCGAACGCUCUACGCUCGCUAUCCGGUUGUAAGGAAAAAGGUCUAG